AACUCUAACCAGUUGUAGGUGGCGUAUGACGUUUCCGUUUCCAUGAUUUGGUCUUUUCAGUGCGAUAAUUAUGUUUAUUCGUCUUAUCUAUGGCGAACAACAGAUGAUACUUGUAAAUCCGAACUGCACAGCCAAAUUAUUCAUCGACUACAUCAAAGCAACAUGCUCCUUUGACGAUACGGCUAUUAUUGAUCUGUGUGAUGAAAGUGGGAACCUUGCAUACAUCCACACCAAGCACACAACGGACAACGUCUUCAGUCUCACAGUGCCGAGGGCAACAUACAUGCCAGUUCUCAUAGAAAAGGGAGCGGAUGACAGCAUGAAGAGCAUCGUGCCGCUGCUGGUGGACUGGGACAAGACCUACCCUACACUGGACAGAAGGUUAAAGCAAUACACAGCUGCUGCCGAGAAGCCCAAGAAAGUUGUCAUUGAAACAAAAGGCAAGCGUCGAGAGAGACUCGGAGACCAGUCUCCGUCCCGCCGAAGCAGCUCAUCUGGGAAUUCGAACGAGAUGUCCCCCAGACCCAGCAACAUGGGCAAGAUUUCCCGCAAGAAGUGAUGCUCUCGAGAACACUUGUCUUCAUCACUCAUACUUAUUAGUUACUUCACUGCUAAAACGGCUAAAGGUCAACACCAGUGUUAGAGGUCCCACCUUGAAUUUUCAUUUGUGAAAGAAAAAUGUAAAUUUACCAAAAACAAAUUAAAUAGAGUGUAUAUUCCAUUGAACAUUAUAUGUGUAGUAGCUGAAACGUGGACAUAUAAAAACGGUAUGUAAUUACUUGUUUUACUGUUUCCCAUGUAGAAGGAACGAUGUAUACAGAUAUGUGGCAAUACUGCAUUGAAACUUGAAGACCUGGAUACUGCUGUUUGGCACAGUCACAGUAUGUUCAUAAAUCAAGUCAAACUCUCA